AUGAAGGCGAAAUUCAAGAAACGAGAUAACAGGCCGCCAAACGGUGAUCGCGAACAUGGCCGCCGCGAAGCUUCAAAGAAUACUGUUUCGAUGAAACCGAAACUUGUUUCCGAGUCUGAUGAUUUCGAGGCUCUGGACGAAGACAUUCUGCUAAUGCCGAAUGCAUUAGAUGAUAAGCCAGGUGAAUGGAGUGAAGCAGAUUUCAAUGCCUUGGGAAAUACUCUCUCUAAUCUUCUUCCAGCGACUCCAACCGUUUUCUCGGAUGUUUUAUUCUCCCCUGAGAGAAAAUAUCUUGACCCAUUUAAGGAGCCAGCCAGUACUGAAUUCAACGCAGCAGAAGCGUCUCUAUUAGGCACCGCCACGCUUUUCCGGCUCAUUACCAAACAACACGCUAGUCUAGUAACGUCCUGGAUAGAGGACGACUCGGCGACUACCUAUAAACUUUGCUUAUUGUAUCGUGCUCCCGAUAUGGGCUUUCGUCUCCCUAUAAAGGACUGGUUAUUACCAACAUAA